AUGUUCUCGAAAAACCGUAAGCAGCAUUCGUCAUUAAAACAACCUUCAACUACGGAUUCAUCGUCUACGUCCACAAAAGAUCGCACACCGGUGACAACAACAGCAUCAUUGCCAAUUAGUUCCAAUUUACUUUCUUUACCAAACAAUGCAUCUAAUUCAACCACAAAUUCAAAAGUUUUAACUUCGAGUACAGCCAAUAGUAACAAUGGAAGUGUACGUCGUCGUCGUCUUUUGAGUUUUCUUCGUUUUCCUACUAGUCGUCCAUCAUCCUCAUCGGUGCGAUUUUCUUGUCAAGCAGCACCUAAACAACAAUAUCCUUCUUCACAUCAUGACAAUGAAUCAAUCAGAUCGUCAUCCGCGAUUGUAAAAGACGAAGUUAUCGAAUCAGUUGUUCCAUCAAGCAAUGAGCCACAUGUUAUUAAUAUCAUACCUAUUACCACGAAUCAAUUACACGAUAAUAGUCAUAGUCUUGAAAAUUGUACGUUGUGUUGCCAUGAUUAUCCACACGAUCAAUUCGAACGGCUAACCGUUUGCUCGCAUGCAUAUUGUCGCACGUGUUUGAAAAGUUAUCUAAAACUAGAAAUUACCGAAGGUCGUGUCACACUGAACUGUCCGCACAGUGAUUGUCCUGAACGUAUUCAUCCAAGUGAUAUAUCACGUAUUUUGCAAAGCCAACCAGAUCUCAUAGGGAAAUAUGAACAAUUUAUGGUACGACGUGUUCUACAAUCGAUAACGGAUACACGAUGGUGUCCAGCGCCUGAUUGCGGUUUCGCAGUUAUUGCAUCCGGUUAUGCGGCUUGUCCUGAAAUUCAAUGUUUACGGCCCGGAUGCAAUACAUCGUUUUGUUAUCAUUGUAAAGCGACAUGGCAUCCGAAUAAAACCUGUGAAGACGCUGCGCGAGAGAAAACAUCGAAAAUUCGUUCGGGCUCAUUUAUUAGUCUUGCAUCUGCUCAACAGCGAGACGAAAUUAAACAAUGCCCACGAUGUCAAGCAUCUAUAUUGAAAAUGGAUGAUGGAUCAUGUAACCAUAUGACUUGUCCAAUCUGUGAAGCAGAAUUCUGUUGGUUAUGUGGUAGAGAAAUAUCUGAUUUGCAUUAUUUGAGCCCAUCGGGUUGUACAUUUUGGGGUAAGAAACAAUGGAGUAGAAAGAAAGUCAUUCUCUGGCAGGUAGCAACCUUGAUCGGCGCACCCGUGAUCAUCGCACUAAUUGCUGGUGUAGCAGUGCCAGGUGUCAUCAUUGGUGUACCUGUUUGGGCUGGACGAAAAAUUUUCAAGAAGUUCAAUAAACCAAAAUAUAGUAAAGCGAAGAGAAACACUCUGGUGACCUUAGGUGUAAUGGGAAGCGUUGUCGCAUCGCCAAUCGUUGCAGCACUUGCUGUGGGUAUUGGUGUGCCCAUACUAUUAGCUUAUGUUUAUGGAGUUAUUCCUAUUUCUCUUUGUCGAACGGGCGGUUGCGGUAUUGGAACAAGAAAUGAAACAUCAGAAGGUGAUGGACCGAAUAUAGACAGUUUUUUGCCAUUUUCUCUACGUGAAGUACCAAUUGCACGAGCCAUUUUAAACGAUAAUCAAAGUGUGAUGACACACCCAACAAUCGGAGGUGAUUCAACUAGCUUAUCCAAUAGCGUUACACAUCUCGUUGACGAUAGAAGUAAUGAAAGUACAAAAGCAUUGCCGGGUACAGGCGCUGUUUCACUUUGUGAAAGUUUACCACCAAACCGUCUGGAAGUUCAAGUAGAAGUUAGUGAUUGCAAAAGCUUCGACAUGGAAAGUAUCACAAUCAGUGAAAAAUCAUCGAAAACAAUGGACAGUCUGAAAGCCUUGGCUGGUUCGAUCAAAGAUGCAUGUGCUGUACCUGGUGUUGACUACAACGGUGAUAAUGUUUGCGGUGGUACUGGUGAUUUCAAUGGACGAAAAUCAAGUCUAUUGAGUAGCGUAUCAGAUUAUGCCCGUUCCAUGAGUAUCGAACAAAAUCAUUCGAUUGCGAAUCGCGCAGGUUCACCCAAUAGUGAUAAGACAGUGUCUUUUUAUGAUGAACGUUCAAAACUAAAAUCAAAAUCUCAAGCAGAUCGUUAUUGA